UAUAGCUUACAACAUUUUAGUUUGAAUAUUUCCAAAAAGAAAAACCAAAAUACAUUGCAGCAGCAUGUGUUCCUUACUGCCCAAAUAUCUCCGAUCCAAAACCACCACUCUUCCACCGCAGCUCCGCCGCUACCUACCUUCUCCGGGUCACCGGAGACAUCGAAUCUCCGUCUUUACUUAAAAACCCAAUAAUGCCCUUAUCUAAUACCAUAUUAAUGUUUCGACGCCAAUUUUGUAAGCUUCCAUUUGGAGUAGUAUCAAAAGAGGAGCUAUUGAGAGAAGGAUUGCAGCCGGAGCUGAUGCCGAAACACGUGGCAAUUAUACCGGACGGUAAUCGGAGAUGGGCUAAGGAGAGAGGUUUGUCGCCGGAAAAAGGUCAUGAAGCUGGGAAAAAAGUGCUCGGAGAUUUGUGCCGUUAUUGUUCGAAAUGGGGAGUCAAAGUUCUUUCUGCUUAUGCUUUUUCUACUGAGAAUUGGUCAAGGCCCAAGGCAGAGGUAACUUUCUUGAUGACGAGCUAUUUUGAAGGGCUUAUUCACGACUUCAUGAGGUACGGGAUGAAAAUGUCCAUUAUUGGUGAUAAGUCCAACCUUCCCAAUUCUCUGAAAGAAGCAAUAAACAUAGCUGAAGAAACCACAAAGGACAACACAGGACUUCAUUUUGUGGCUGCACUUAACUAUGGUGGAAGAUAUGACAUAACACAAGCAACUAAAAAGAUUGCUACCAAAGUUAAGGAUGGAGUUAUUCAACUAGAGGAAAUCAAUGACAAAUUAAUCGACCAAGAAUUAGAGACGAAGUAUUUGGAAUAUCCUAAUCCUGAUUUACUCAUCAGAACUAGUGGAGAGCUGAGAAUUAGCAAUUACAUGUUGUGGCAAUUGGCUUAUAGUGAAUUCUGCUUUGUGGAUAAGUUGUUUCCUGAAUUGGAUGAAGCUGAUUUUGUAGCUGCUUUGCGUUCUUUUCAGCGAAGGCAAAGGAGUUAUGGUGGAAACAAAAUUUAAUGAAAGGGUAACAAUCAGUUGUUGAAAGCGAGCCGUCGAGCAAGGGUAAAAUUGUCUCCGUGUGACCUAUGAUUGCAUUAGAGUAGGCUGUCUACAUCUUGGGGUAUGGUUCUUUUCCGGACCCUUCGUGAACGCGAGAUGAAUUGUACACCGAGCUGCCAUUUGGCAACAAUCGGUACUUUGUGAAUUCUAUGAAUCAAAUGUAUGAAAAGGAACUUUUAUUAUUGAUGUUUGUAAUUUCCUAUGGAAUAAAAAAUCGUAGUUUGUGCUCA